AUGGGCAGAGCUACUAGUUCUUCUUCUUCUUCAAUUGAUAGUAACAACCAUCAAUCUCUCUCUAGUUCCUCCUCUCUUUCUCAGCUAAAGAGAGAUCUUAGCACAGAUCUUAGGCUUGGACUUAGCAUUUCAGCCUCUCAACACAAUAGCUCUUCAACUCCAAGGGUGCAAACAUUGGAUUAUCCACCAAUUCAGUCACUUGUGGCAGAAGGAAACGAGUGCAAUGAUCAUGCCACCUUCUUUGUUAAGGUUUACAUGGAGGGCAUUCCAAUUGGGAGAAAGCUGGACUUACUAGCCCACGAUGGUUAUGAUGACUUAAUAAGGACUCUUGACUACAUGUUCAACACCAACAUUCUCUGGGGAGCUGAAGUGGAUACAAUGCAUCCUGAGAAAUGUCAUGUAUUAACAUAUGAAGAUGAGGAAGGGGAUUUGAUGAUGGUUGGAGAUGUGCCUUGGGAGAUGUUCUUGUCCACUGUGAAGAGAUUGAAGAUUACAAGGGCAGGCCCUUGCUGAUUAAGAGAUUUUGAUGCAUCCUAGAUCCUAGUCUCUCUCUCUCUCCCUCUACAAUUUUGUCAUGUGGAGUUAAACCAAUAUAAUGCCCCCAAGCAUUAGUACUCUUGUGAAUUUUGUUCUGAAGUUGCGCAUGUACAUCUAUACAUGAUCAUACAAGCAAUAGUUUUAUCUUCUCUUCUGG